AUGAAGUUCGUCGCUCUUAUCUCCGGCGGCAAGGACUCCUGCUUCAACGUCCUCCAUUGUUUGGCCAACGGCCACGAGCUCGUGUGCCUGGCAAAUCUCUAUCCACCACCCUCUGACUCGCACGAGCUCGACUCCUUUAUGUACCAGACCGUGGGCUUCGAUAUCGUGCCGUACUACGCAGAUUGCACGGGGAAACCAUUGUACCGACGGAUGAUCUGCGGUGAUUCGCACAACCAGAAGCUGGAAUACGAGCGGACAGAGAACGACGAGACCGAGGAUCUGUACGAGCUGCUGAAGCUCGUGAAGGAGCACCACCCUGACGUGGAGGCUGUUAGCGUGGGGGCCAUUCUGUCGUCGUACCAGCGCACCCGCGUGGAGGACGUGUGCAGCCGUCUUGGACUCAUUGCGCUGGCGUAUUUGUGGCAGAGAGAUCAGGAACAGCUGAUGGGCGAGAUGUGCGCCUCAAAAAUGGAAGCCAGACUCAUCAAAGUGGCUGCUAUCGGCCUCAACGAAAAACACCUGGGGCUGACUUUGCAGGAGAUGUACCCAGUACUGGUGGACUUGAAUAGGAAGUACGGGGUGCACGUGUGUGGCGAAGGCGGCGAGUUCGAGAGCUUGGUGUUUGAUGCGCCCUUCUUCACUAAGGGAAGGCUAAAAAUCAUACACCAGGACACCGUGCGACACACCAACGACGAGGUGUGGUAUCUGAAGCUAAAAGUGGAGGUGGUGGAGAAACAGGGUGGGGGAAGAUUCGACUUGGAGCAACCACCACUGUUGCACGAGCCGUUCAAGGGGAUACGAGGGCAGAUCAAACACGGCUUGCGGCGAGCACCGACGAGUAACGCGCAACACUUUCGGCACGGGCGCCAGAACUCAUCGCACUUGAGAUCCCUUCUUCGCCUAAGCAACAUCACCUCCACGCAACCAACAGCCGAGCUACAAAUGGCCCACAUUAUGUCCCAACUAAAAGAUUACCUGGACAAUCAUAAGUUGCACCCCACGAACGUGAUCUUCUCCUCGCUACUCGUGAGCGACAUGUCAAAAUUUGGCGUGCUCAACUCCAUAUACCAAACAAUCUUCACACACCCACUUCCACCGGCCCGUGUGUGCCUGGAAACCAAGUUACCGGAAAACUGCUUUGCCCAGCUCUCUGUGGAGAUAAUAAACAACAUCGGCUUUAAAAAAGGUCUACACGUCCAGGGCCGGUCUUACUGGGCACCAUCAAACAUUGGACCAUAUUCGCAGGCCAUAGCAGAUACAUCCACCUACAUGGCCCACAUCAGCGGCCAAAUCCCGCUAGUCCCCAAAGACAUGAGCGUGUGCAAGGAUGUUUUGACUCAAACGGUGCUCGCACUCCAACACUUUGAGCACGUCAAGGAGGCCAUCGGAAGCAAGACCGUGCUCUUCAUGUGCUGCUUUGUGACCGACGCAAGCCUCGUGGACGUCGUCAGUCACACUUACACCCUCUAUACGCAAGCAUCACGUGAUGUUGACCACGUGCCACAAUUAGUGACGGUGAUUGCGAGCGCGCUGCCCCGCGGGGUGGACGUGGAGUGGACGGGUGUGUGUGUGAACGAGGGUGUGGGCGACUACGAGCACGCAAAGAUAGCGUUCGAUACAGACAUGGAAUACUUGGCAGACAGACACUACAGGAUAUACUACAGCGGUGUCGGGCUGCCUGCUGCGUUGCCAAGUUCCUACGAGAUGGUUCCGGUGCAAGGUGUGUUUGACGUUUCCGCGGAAGAGCGGCGAUAUGCUGUGGUGGAAAUGCCAUGAGCCCUCUCUACGUAUCACGUGCCCACACAACACCGCGCACCAGAAGUCGCGGAAAAAAUUUGGCGGAGUGAGGGUGGUUGGCCUGCGCGAAGAGAUUACUCAGAGAUAUUUCUUUUCAGCCAAAGAGUUAUUUCCAAGAUGUCGACCAGAGCUCCAAAGUGGUACGAAUCGGAGGACGUUCCUGUUCCAAAGCAGACCAGAAAGUCUGCCAGACCCCAGAAGCUGAGAGCCUCACUUGUUCCGGGCACCGUUCUGAUUCUUCUUGCUGGAAGAUUCAGAGGCAAGAGGGUUGUCUACCUGAAGAACCUUGAGGACAACACCCUUCUUGUUUCCGGCCCAUUCAAGGUCAACGGUGUUCCUUUGAGAAGAGUCAACGCCAGAUACGUCAUUGCCACCUCCACCAAAGUGUCUCUUGACGGCCUUGACCUGUCCAAGUUCAACGUGAGCUACUUUGCUAGAGAGAAGUCCAGCUCCAAGAAGUCGGAGGGUGAAUUCUUUGGCGAGGGUACCAAGAAGGAGAUCAAGAGCGAGAGAAUCGAGGACCAGAAGGUUGUUGACAAGGCCCUGAUCUCCGAAAUUAAAAAGACCCCAUACCUGAAACAAUAUCUGGCUUCCACCUUUUCUCUGAAGAGCGGUGACAAGCCUCACGCCAUGAAGUUUUAGAGUCCAUCACCGCCAUCGCCCUGUCUACCAACUCCAAGUCC